AAACAGAUCACACAGAUUUUGGAGCUGUGUGUCUCCUACAAGAGCCUUCGUUCCAUUUGAAUAAAAAUAAACCGAAACAAAUACGUGACACCUUCUUAAAGAAGCUGACCAGGAAACUCCUCAGAGCCUUUUUUCAGAAGAUCUUUUUAGAUAUUUUCUUGUGUUUUUAGAGGGUUAUUCAGACUUCUCGUGUCCGUCAAUAUUUCUAUGAAGCAGUUAAGCAGCAGUUUGUAACUGGACCUCAAGAAAUGGAGUCAUGACCAGCAUGGAAGACUUCAGUGGCCCUACUGAGACUGAAAGCCCCUCUGACAGCUGGUCUUGGUUACAGACCAUGAACUAUGUGGGUCAGCUGGCGGGCCAGGUGUUUGUGCAGGUUAAGGAGCUGUACAGGGGGCUCAACCCUGCAACCCUGUCUGGUUGCAUAGAUGUCAUCGUGGUCCGGCAGCCCGAUGGCUCGCUGCAGUGCUCCCCGUUCCACGUCCGCUUCGGAAAGAUGGGUGUGCUGCGGUCCCGUGAGAAAGUGGUGGACAUAGAGAUUAAUGGAGAGCCAGUGGGUUUGCACAUGAAGCUGGGAGAGAAUGGAGAGGCCUUCUUCGUCAAAGAGACGGAGAACAUCCUGGAAGUGGUCCCCUCUUACCUUGCAACGUCACCCAUCAUGUCAAUGGGGGAGGAGUUAAUGCAGAUGGAGCUGGGCAGGGGUGCUUCCCACCAUCAUGACAACAUCCCCUGCAGCACACUUCCUGUCCAGAGCCUGGGGCCACAGGAUGGAGCGACAUGCAAGAAGAGGAGGAAGAAGAGGAGGAAAGUGAAGCCAGAAGGAGGAGGAGGAACAGGAGGGAGGAGGGAAGACAGCGGGGAGGAGUUCUCCGAGGAUGAAGACAUGUUUACUAUUGACCUGAGCUCGGAUGAGGAGAAGGAGGGUGACAGUAGCAGACGGGCGUAUGGCGAUCGGGGAUCUACGAUCAACAGCAACUUAUAUCACAUGGCCGAGUGGACCGAAUCUCAGAGUGAUGUGACUAAGAAGACUCUCUCCAUCUGUCCAUCCUAUGGUCUGUCCAUCUCUUGUCCUCAGAGCACCUCUCACUUUUCUUCACCUGUUGGCAGUCCAGAUGAUUCAGCAUCAUCGACACCGAAGAGUGACUCCGAACUGACCAAUCAGACUAAUCCUGAAAUGCUGUGGACUUGGGGCGAGCUGCCACAGGCUGCACAGCCAUCCUUCCUUGCUUCCCACCUGAAGCAAGACUCGGCUGCAGCUGUCUCCAUCCCAGUGACUGCAAACAGCCACUUCAGAGCCAUCGCUGACACAGGGUCACCCGCCGAGGCUCCCUAUGGCCUCCAAUCAGUCGAGACCACUGCUCCUAAAGGGACCCUGGAUUUUGAAGGAAACAAAGGCGAAACCAGGGUGGAGUUAAUAAUUACAUCUGAAGAGAGGUCUGGAGAACAGAAUGUGGCUGAGAAUGUCGGCCCCUCACCCAUGGAGGUGGAGAGUUCAGCAGCUUCUUCGGUGUCCCCAAAGACUCUCCCGGGUCAUCUGAAUGAAGACAGUAACAGAGGGAGUCCCAUCAGAAGCACUGAUUCACCAUCAAAGAGGAAAGAAAAGAGAAGCCAGCAUCUGGGGGCUGAUGGCGUAUAUCUGGAUGACAUUACAGAGCUGGAACCCGAAGUUGCUGCUCUCUACUUCCCGAAAAGUGAUGGAGGCAGCAGCUCGAUGAUGGCGGACUCAGAGAUAAUGAUGGACAUGAGGGGCACCAACCAGUCCCCUCAUUCAGUGGGCAGCAGCGGCGUGGACAGCGGCGUGGACAGUUUGUUGGACCAGAUAGCCGACAUGCCUCAUGUCGCCAUCUCCUUGUGCGGAGGACUCUCAGACAACAAGGAGAUCACAAAAGAACAGUUCCUGGAAAGAGCCGUUUCCUACCAACAGUUCUCAGAGAACCCCUCCAUUAUCGAUGAUCCCAACCUGGUGGUCAAGGUUGGAAAUAAGUCAAUUAGCUCUUUGGCUCCCUCUGUGGUGUGUCUCAGGUACUACAACUGGACCACAGCAGCGCCUGUUAUGCUGGCCAUGCAGGUCUACCAGAAACCCCUGCCACAGUAUUGGUGUUUGAGUUAUGUUUUUUCUGUUUUCGGCCUCUUCUCAUACUGCUUCCCCGGUCUGUUUGGCUCCAGCACAUCAGCGCCUGCCUCAGUGGAGAGCAUCAUGAAGGAUAAGAUGCCAAAGAAAGGAGGACGAUGGUGGUUUUCAUGGAGGAGGAGGAACAGCGACUCUAAGUCGGAAAUGGCUACAGAAACGGGAGACGGAGAGGACGGCGCACUCACCAUGACCUCAGUGAACGGUUUGAAGGAGGACUCUUCAAGUGACGAGGACCAUGCAGCAUGCAAUCAGAUGGCAGAAUCCUAUCAGCCGGACCCAGCUUUAAACUCUACCGGUGUCUGUUAUAAGAAGACGCUUCGUCUUACUUCAGAGCAGCUGGCAGGCCUGCAGCUAAAGGAAGGACCCAACGAAGUGGUGUUCAGUGUGACCACACAGUAUCAAGGCACCUGCCGCUGCCAUGGCACAAUCUAUCUUUGGAGCUGGGAUGACAAGAUCAUCAUCUCGGAUAUAGACGGAACCAUCACCAGGUCCGACACUCUGGGCCACAUCCUUCCCACGCUGGGUAAAGACUGGACCCACCAGGGUAUUGCACGGCUUUACCACAGAGUCAGCCUAAACGGGUAUAAAUUUAUGUACUGCUCAGCCAGAGCUAUUGGGAUGGCUGGGAUGACGAGGGGCUACCUGCACUGGGUCAAUGAGAGGGGAACCAUGCUGCCUAUGGGCCCUGUGCUGCUCAGCCCCAGCAGCCUUUUCUCUGCCUUUCACAGGGAGGUGAUUGAAAAGAAACCAGAAGUGUUUAAGAUUGAGUGUUUGACGGACAUCAAGCACCUCUUCUACCCAAACACUGAACCUUUUUACGCCGCCUUUGGCAACAGAGCCACGGAUGUGUAUUCCUAUAAGGAAGUGGGCAUUCCUCUGAACAGGAUUUUUACCGUCAACCCAAAGGGGGAACUAAUACAGGAGCAUGCUAAAACAAAUAUUUCCUCCUUUGGACGCCUGUGCGAGAUGGUCGACCACGUCUUCCCAGUCCUGGUUCAGAAUGAGGAAGUGGACAUCCCGUCCUCGGAUAGUUUUGAUCAAACCAGCAGCUGGAGAAAACAAUUGCCUAAUGGUAGUAACCCUGAGGAAGAUGAGUCGCAGCCCAUUGAGGCAAACUGAGAAAACUCCCAUCGGAUGAAGAACAUAGGCUGCGGGUUGUUCCCCGUUCAGCUUGAAGCCAGCAGCCAAGCUCGGAGGUGAAAACUGUGCUACCUGAGAGGAACGCAGCCCUCAGGCUUUUUCUCGAAAAAAAAUGGACAAUGAAGAUAGUUCCUAUGCUCGAACGUUAUCUUAAAACCCAGUUGGUAAUUGUGACUACUGUUUAAGUAUAAAUGAAUGUAUUUUUAAACGUGUAAACAGAAUAACAGAAGUACUGAAAAAAGUUGGAAACAGUAAUUACGGAGACUUGUCGUCAGCCAUAAUAUUGACAAAAAAGGGAAAUUCCAGGGGAAAGUUUUAGAAAGAAGUAUCCGAUCAAUUUCAGCAGAAGUUUGAGAGUUCCUCGUUAAGUUGAACUAACACAUGGUUUAAAGCACAUAUUUGAAAGUUGUUCGUUUCAUACACACUGCACUGCAAUAUGAUAUCUGUUUACCUUUUUUUUCGUUUCAGUCCUCCACUUUCAUUUAGACUAAUAGAAACAGCCAGCUAAAUGGUAAAGACAUGAUCACAUACGUAUAAUGUAACAUGGAACUUUAGAUUUUUAUGCAGUAUCUAUUUUUAAACCUUAUUCAGGAAAGAAUAGUGACAUUUUUACUUAACACUGGCAAUUGUUCCACCAAAUAUUAUGCAGAUACAGAAUGCGCAGUCCACUCUGACCGCAUGUACAAGUGAAUCAUCUUGAAACCUCAUAGACACUGCAUCAUCCAAGUUAUGCAAAAAAAAAGAAUAAAUAAAAAAUACAGGUUGUGUUCCCAAGGAUCUUUCCUAUCACAACCUCUGCGGCUAAAUAUUAGUGAUAUUUUGACCGCAUUACUGUGAGAAAGCUGUCUUUUUUAUUAUUAUUAUUGUGUUCAAUGCAGAACAAUGCAAGCAAAUGUUGCGUAACGUGGUAAUAUGUGUAAAUCACACAAUAACUAAUGCUCUUCAAUGAACUUGUUUAUGAGCCCAUGUAAGACUGAGUGUAGUUUUUUUUUAAAGUGAUGUACAUUAUUGGAUAAGUUCAGCAUAUAACACUUACCUGUCCUGUUAUUCUAAAAAGAGAAAAAAGAAACUUUGCAUAUUUUUUUAUGUGUUUAACAUUUAUAAACCAUUUUUUUAUUUUGUAAUUAUGUAAUAUAGAUGCCUGGUUUUAUAUACAUGCAUGUGUAACUUAAACAGGGAGGAAACCCCUGUGAAUAACAGAAAUCUAUUUGUGAGACUGUACGCAGUCACUGAACAUUUUAAGCUGAUGAGCUGCACUUGUGUGUGCGUGCGCACACACGCGCAUAUAUUUCAUUUUUAUUUUCUCCAAUGUAUAUUUUGUUUUUAACGGUGCUUCUCCAAAAGCAUGUGCAGCUAUACAGUGAAUUGUUUUAACCACUUGCUGAGAUUUCAUAUUUUCACCAUGCAAACACUACAGCGAUGCUGCAGGGGUUUAACAAAUGCAUUGACGUCUGUCUACAUUACUUCUUGCCUCUAUCGGCGCCACUGGCAUCUAGUUACAACCAUUUCAUAGACUUAAUUUGUUCUGGUAUGUUUUCUUUACAACAAAGAGCAAUAUCAAAUAAAACAAAGUUGAUUUGGCAUCCUUUAUAAAUCAACUUGUGAGAAAAAAAUUAUUAUUUUGUGGCUUUACUUUAAGUUGGAGGAGGAUACAGUGGACAGUCCUCCCAACUGAUCAUGAGUCAUUAUUAUGUCAUAUUGUGAUAUAGUGUUUUCAUAAACUGCUUUAGGUCAGGGGCUGUACUGAGAUUGACUUUGCCUAAAAGAACAUUAAUCAUGAAUGAACACUUUAAGUUAAAGUUAAAUGGAAUAUACGCUGUUGGAAUGUUAAAAAUCAAAUGAUUAUCAAGUUUUAGGGACAUACUCUACUGUUAGAAAGUGGAAAAGGUAAUUAAAUCAUUGAUUCAAACUUGUCAGUGUUGAUUAUCCCGUUUUAAUUCUUUCUGUGAAAGAUUAUUUAAAAGUACUUAAACCAUCUUUUAAGUCUCGCUUUAUUUUCUGACUUUUUUCAACUGUGAAGAUUACAGUUUUGACACCAAGCAGCAGUUGUCCAGUGCAAGCUGUUGUUAACCAUGUAAUCUAAUCUGUAGAAUAAACAAUUUCCAGUUUGUGUCUGUA